AAUGGGAUCUGUCUUGCGCGAAUUACCCAGCCUUUACCGUGCCAAAAAAGCAACAUCAUUUGCACCAAAAAUGCAUUCUACUUUCAUUCGUGGUAAAAGGAGUUAUAAAUAAAUCAAUACUAAAAGUAUCUUUAUCUUAUCGAAAAAGAUUGGAUCUGUAUGGGAUUUUUCUAGUCUAUAAAAACCUAUCGCGUCAAUUGAUUACUAUUAAUAAGCAUGUUAAAGCUAUUGGCAUUAGUGUUUCUGACAAUUUCUCUAUGUUUUUGUCAAGAUGUGACCAGACCAAUCAUUACCACCACUGGUGGUCAAGUGCAAGGAAUAACAGCCAGCUGUGGCUUAUUCUGCAGCUACUUUCAAUUUAACGGCAUACCCUAUGCGGAACCUCCAGUAUCCGAUCUGAGAUUCCGAAAUCCUGUGCCACAUCGUGGAUGGUCCGGCGUUCGAGAUGCUAGUGAACAUGGAGCGAACUGUCCAGCGCUUAGUAUACUCAGUGAAUACUCGGGUAGUGAGGAUUGUUUGUUCAUCAACGUAUAUACGCAGAACAUCAUCGGUUCUCGACCAGUGAUGGUUUGGAUCCAUGGAGGUGCCUUCGUAUUAAGCUCGGGUGACUCAGGGCGAUAUGGCCCGGAUCAUUUAGUUCAGGAAAAUGUGGUUGUCGUCUCCUUCAACUACCGCCUCGGUAUUCUAGGAUUUUUCAGCACUGGUGAUACACACGCACAGGGCAAUUGGGGUGCAAAAGACUGUGUCGAGGCCCUGAGAUGGGUUCGUGAUAAUAUUGCGGCUUUCGGUGGUGAUCCUAACAAUGUGACAAUCUUUGGUGAAAGUGCAGGUGGAGUACUGGUACACUAUCUAGUGCUAUCUCCAAUGGCGACCGGCUUAUUCCAUAAGGCAAUUGCUCAAUCUGGAACUGCCUUAGUUCCAUGGGGGUUCCAGUACAAUGCACGAGAAAUGGCAAGAAACAUUGCAGAUGCCUUCGGUUAUCCACAUGACAGUGCAGAACUUACUCAACUCCUAAGAUAUACCCCAAUAGGAGAUUUCAUUGCUCUUCAAAGGUCGAUCACGGAUAUUCCAAUUCCUCGUGGGUUUAAGCCCUUCGAGUAUGUUCCAAGUGCUGAACCGGUAAACUCUCCAGAGCCAACCUUCCUUACUCAACGCCCAAUUGAAAUUUCACAAUCUGGAGUAUACAAUCACGUUCCAAUAAUGAUUGGCUACACGAGUGCUGAAAGCCUUUUUAUGGUUCGUGAGCACCUUUUGGAUUCAACUGUGUGGAACGAAUUCACCCGUAACCCGCAAUUCUUCGUACCGCACUUUUGGAACAUCCCAGCUAACACUCCAGAAUCGAAUGCAGUCAGCCAAGCGUUCCGCAACUUCUACUGGCAGGAUCGUGCGCUUGGACCAGAUAUUAUGCUGGAGUGGACAGAAUUCCACACCGAUCAACAGUUCAUCUACGCCGUUGACAAAUCGGUUGCUCUUACAGCUGAACGAAACUCCCAACCAACUUUCUAUUACCAAUUUAGUUUCGACGGUGAUCUCAAUUUAAUGAAGCGAAGGCUGUUGCUAACUGACUUCCCAGGGGCAGUCCACUCUGACGAAUUAGCCUAUUUGUGGUCUAUGACAGAUCUACCCAUAUCACCUAUUUUACCAAGCAAUUCAGCUAACAUUGUUCGACAGCGAAUGGUUCGGCUUUGGACCAACUUUGCCAUCACUGGACAUCCAACACCAAAUUCCUAUACGGACCUACAAAACAUCCACUGGGCUCCAGUUCAGGGAAGCGACAUGACAUAUCUGGACAUUGGAGACAAUUUGAUAGUGACACGACACCCUAACCAGGCACGUAUAAACCUGUGGAGAGAUUUGGAGGAACGAUAUGCGAAUGAUCCAUUUUUCUACCCCUACUCGUAAGAGCCAUGAGAGGAAAUAAACACAGCACUGUUGAGAUAU